AUGACUCUCCUCAAGGUCCUGCAGAGGAUCUACUCGCUGGACACCCUCGACACUCGCUUAACCAUCUCCUCCAACACCCCCAUCAAAGCUGUUGUUUCCGACUCAUCGCCAACACGCGAACCCCUCGCCGGCAAGGAUGGCCGCGCCCAGGAUAUUGCGGCCAGCGCCCAGCCUUCGAAAUGGAAUACGCUCGAGUUUUAUUUUUAUGGACUGGUUUUCCUGACUAUGGUGCCGCUGAUGUUCAAGACCGUUAUGGAUGUGUCCAAGGAAAGUUUCCCGACCUACCCUAAUUACUCGAGAAUACUGUCUCCUGGAUGGGUUCCCGGACGCAAAGUGGACAACUCAGAUGCACAGUAUGCGAGUUUCCGAAACAACAUCCCGUUCCUUCUAAUACUGCUCGUUGCGCACCCUAUUCUCCGACGUAUUUACAAUCUUUUCCAUUCAGUCGACAAGCAAAGAUCUCAAAACGGUUCGAAAUUGGCCGCGGCAAACGUCGCCGCCACCGCCGAUGCUCGCCUGAGACAGCGGACUGUCUUCGACUUUGUGUUUUCGAUCCUGUUUCUUAUUUUCUUGCAUGGAUUUUCCAUUGUCAAGAUUUUCGGCAUUCUAUAUAUCAACUACAAAAUUGCCAAGGGCCUUCCGCGACCUUAUGUUCCUAUGGCAACAUGGUCGUUCAACUUGGUCGUCAUGUUUGCAAAUGAGCUGUGCAAUGGCUAUCCUUUCGUCAACGUCGCGAGGCUCUUUGUAUCGGAUGGUUCUGCCUUGAUCGCAUGGGCGCAGUUUCUCGACAGUUAUAAAGGGUUGAUUCCGCGAUGGCAGAUUCUUUUCAAAUUCACCAUUCUACGUUUGAUCAGUUUCAACAUGGACUAUUACUGGAGCUUGUACAAUCUAUCAGGUAGUGCAAUUGAGAAGAAGCAACUCGAUCCCUCGUCGUUGUCGGAGCGAGACCGUGUCUCGGUGCCGGCAGAGCCUGCAUCGUACAAUGCGUUAAACUACGCUGCAUAUGUGCUGUAUUCGCCUCUCUACCUAUCAGGGCCGAUCAUCACGUUCAACGACUACAUAUCUCAGCAGCGAUACCCGUCUCCCGCCCUCACGGUCAAGCGAAUCCUAAUGUAUGGCAUUCGCUUCUUCCUGACGCUGCUCUGCAUGGAACUUGUCCUGCACUACAUAUACGCAGUGGCCAUAUCAAAGACCACAUCAGACUGGUCAGCCUAUACGCCCGGCCAGCUUAGCAUGUUAGGCUACUUCAACCUGCACAUCAUCUGGCUGAAACUGUUGAUCCCAUGGCGCUUUUUCAGACUCUGGUCCCUGGUCGACGGAAUCGACCCCCCAGAGAACAUGGUCCGAUGCAUGUCCAACAACUACUCGGCCCUUGCAUUCUGGCGCUCGUGGCACCGGUCCUACAACCGGUGGAUUGUACGAUAUCUAUACAUUCCCAUCGGAGGCGGCAACCGGCCACGACCUACGAAUAAAACAUUCUCAAACCAACAACCCUCAUUCUUCGACUCAUUAAUGUCCCGCGCACGCGGUAUUUACAACCAGCUCAUCGUCUUCACUUUUGUUGCUGUAUGGCACGACAUCAACCUGCGCCUGCUGAUGUGGGGGUGGCUUGUUACGCUCUUCGUACUUCCAGAAGUCAUCGGCUCGUUACUCUUCCCUGCAUCCAAAUGGCGCUCCCGCCCCACGGCCUAUCGCAUUAUCUGCGGUAUUGGUGGUGUGCGCAACGUGCUUUUGAUGAUCACCGCCAAUCUCGUCGGAUUCGCGCUGGGCCUGGAUGGGUUGAAAGGUCUUGUGGCUGGCAUUUUUGAUUCUUGGAUGGGCAUUGUGUUUACAUUGGGUGCGUGCGGUGUGCUUUUUGUGGGUGUUCAGGUUAUGUUUGAGACGAGGGAGAGUGAGAAGAGGAAGGGCAUUGACCUGAAUUACUAG